AUGAAGGGAGUUCAGCGUUUUGACAGACGAGGAAAACUUACCCCGAGGUAUAUUGGACUAUUCCUGAUUAGUGAGCGCAUUGGAGCUAUUUCAUAUUGGCUAGACCUACCAGCAUCCAUGUCGAGCAUACACGAUGUUUUUCAUGUUUCAAUGCUUAAGAAGCACCUACGCGACGAUGAGGAGCAGCGAGUAUUAGACGCACCAAAGAUCGAGAUUCAGGAGGAACUGACUACUAUUGAGAUUCAUGUAUGUAUUCUUGCCAAGGAGGAUAAGAAGUUGAGAAACAAGGUGAUACCUUUAAUUAAAGUUCAGUGGAAUCGGAGAGGAGCUGAGGAGACUUCUUGGGAACGCGAAGAGGAUAUACGUCGCGACUAUCCACACCUGUUUGAGCAGGAUGCAGAGAUGCUACACAUGACUCGCAGCCACAGGACACAUCACGCGGAGAUGCUCCACAUGACGUGGAGACAUAGGCUGAUCCUACACAGUAUGCAGAGAUACCGCCACCACCGCAUGUAG